UUUAGCUUUUUCUCCGAUUGAACAUUUACUAUCCCUUGGAAAGUUGCAAUCAUCAUCUCAUACAAAUACCUAAUUAAUGCAUCGCACUUAGAAUCAUACUCAACAAACCAAACCCAAAAUCUCUCAUACUAUUUUCACAGCUAACGCAAUUCAUCAAAAUUUCUCAUUUCUCGAAAUCAAAUCUGCAAUCAGUGGAAUUCUGAGCAUGAAUUUUCGAAACUUAGAUGAUUUUUGGGCCUUUUACAUGACUCAUCACUCUAAGCCGUCGACAAGGCGUUGGCACUUUGCGGGUACACUUAGUGGAAUUAUAAUCUCAAUCUACUCUCUGUUGUUCAAUUGGAAAUUCUUGAUUUUGGUACCAUUAAUCGGUUACGGCUUCGCUUGGUACAGCCAUUUCUUUGUAGAAAGGAAUGUUCCGGCAACAUUUGGUCAUCCAAUUUGGUCAUUCUUUUGUGAUUUUAAGAUGUUUGGAUUAAUACUAACCGGUCGAAUGGAUAGAGAGAUUAAGAGACUUGGUAAACGGCCUGUUUUGUAAUUUUUUUUUAUUUUUCGCAGAUUUUUUACUUAGAUUCUUGUAUAUAUUGUGACAAUUUCUAUUCAAGUAUUCAAUAUUGUAAACCUUUAAUGA